AUGACCACAGCGACUAUGGCCAUAACAGAUCACGGAGUGGUAGCGAAAAUAAAGAGAGUGAUCAUGGAACGAGACACGUAUUCGCGUAAAUGGGGACUGGGACCGGUUGCAUCCAAAAAGAAAUCGAUGAUUCAACAAGGAUUGUUGGAUAAGUAUGGUAAAGCAAAUGAGAAGACACCAAAGAAUUGGCGUUCUGCAUACUACGAGGUGUCAGCACCGGCCAGAGCUGAGAACGGUGAGGAGCCGAUGCAGACUGAGGAUAAAGAGAAAGAG